GAGGCAGCGGUGGGUUUGGGACUGAGGCGCUGGAUCUGUGGUCGCGGCUGGGGACGUGCGCCCGCGCCACCAUCUUCGGCUGAAGCCCUCAGUAACUGAGGGCAAACCGGUUCAUCAGACAACCAGAGCCAUAAUUUGUGGUCACCCCUGAAAUUAACCUUGGAAACUCGAGGCGAUUGCUCUUGGAUCCUUCCAUUUACAAUGGCGCAGAGAACUGGGCUUGAAGAUCCGGAGAGGUAUCUCUUUGUGGACAGGGCUGUCAUUUACAACCCUGCCACUCAAGCUGAUUGGACAGCUAAAAAGCUAGUGUGGAUUCCAUCAGAACGCCAUGGUUUUGAGGCAGCUAGUAUCAAAGAAGAACGGGGAGAUGAAGUUAUGGUGGAGUUGGCAGAGAAUGGAAAGAAAGCAAUGGUCAACAAAGAUGAUAUUCAGAAGAUGAACCCACCUAAAUUUUCCAAGGUGGAGGAUAUGGCAGAAUUGACAUGCUUGAAUGAAGCUUCCGUUUUACAUAAUCUGAAGGAUCGCUACUAUUCAGGACUUAUCUAUACUUAUUCUGGACUCUUCUGUGUAGUUAUAAACCCUUACAAGAAUCUUCCAAUUUACUCUGAGAAUAUUAUUGAAAUGUACAGAGGGAAGAAGCGUCAUGAGAUGCCUCCACACAUCUAUGCUAUAUCUGAAUCUGCUUACAGAUGCAUGCUUCAAGAUCGUGAGGACCAGUCAAUUCUUUGCACGGGUGAGUCAGGUGCUGGGAAGACAGAAAAUACAAAGAAAGUUAUUCAGUACCUUGCCCAUGUUGCUUCUUCACAUAAAGGAAGAAAGGACCAUAAUAUUCCUCAGGAAUCGCCUAAACCAGUGAAACACCAGGGGGAACUUGAACGACAGCUUUUGCAAGCAAAUCCAAUUCUGGAAUCAUUUGGAAAUGCGAAGACUGUGAAAAAUGAUAACUCAUCUCGUUUUGGCAAAUUUAUUCGGAUCAACUUUGAUGUAACUGGCUAUAUUGUUGGGGCCAACAUUGAAACAUACCUUCUGGAAAAGUCUCGUGCUGUUCGUCAAGCUAAAGAUGAACGUACUUUUCAUAUCUUUUACCAGUUGUUAUCUGGAGCAGGAGAACACCUAAAGUCUGAUUUGCUUCUCGAAGGAUUUAAUAACUACAGGUUUCUCUCCAAUGGCUAUAUUCCUAUUCCGGGACAGCAAGACAAAGAUAACUUCCAGGAGACCAUGGAAGCAAUGCACAUCAUGGGCUUCUCUCAUGAAGAGAUUCUGUCAAUGCUUAAAGUAGUAUCUUCAGUGCUACAGUUUGGAAAUAUUUCUUUCAAAAAGGAGAGAAAUACUGAUCAAGCUUCCAUGCCAGAAAAUACAGUUGCACAGAAACUCUGCCAUCUUCUUGGGAUGAAUGUGAUGGAGUUUACUCGGGCCAUCCUGACUCCCCGGAUCAAGGUCGGCCGAGACUAUGUGCAAAAAGCCCAGACCAAAGAGCAAGCAGAUUUUGCAGUAGAAGCAUUGGCAAAGGCUACCUACGAGCGGCUCUUUCGCUGGCUUGUUCAUCGCAUCAAUAAAGCUCUGGACAGGACCAAACGUCAGGGAGCAUCUUUCAUUGGAAUCCUGGAUAUUGCUGGAUUUGAAAUUUUUGAGCUGAACUCCUUUGAACAGCUUUGCAUCAACUACACCAACGAGAAGCUGCAGCAGUUGUUCAACCACACCAUGUUUAUCCUGGAACAAGAGGAAUACCAGCGCGAAGGCAUCGAGUGGAACUUCAUCGAUUUCGGGCUGGACCUGCAGCCGUGCAUCGACCUGAUAGAGAGGCCUGCGAACCCUCCUGGUGUACUGGCCCUUUUGGAUGAAGAAUGCUGGUUCCCUAAAGCCACAGAUAAAACCUUUGUUGAAAAACUGGUUCAAGAGCAAGGUUCCCACUCCAAGUUUCAGAAACCUCGACAACUAAAAGACAAAGCUGAUUUUUGCAUUAUACAUUAUGCAGGGAAGGUGGACUAUAAGGCAGAUGAGUGGCUGAUGAAGAACAUGGACCCCCUGAACGACAACGUGGCCACCCUUUUGCACCAGUCAUCAGACAGAUUUGUGGCAGAGCUUUGGAAAGACGUGGACCGUAUCGUGGGUCUGGAUCAAGUCACUGGUAUGACUGAGACAGCUUUUGGCUCCGCAUAUAAAACCAAGAAGGGCAUGUUUCGUACCGUCGGGCAGCUCUACAAAGAAUCUCUGACCAAGCUGAUGGCAACCCUCCGAAACACCAACCCUAACUUCGUUCGCUGCAUCAUUCCCAAUCACGAGAAGAGGGCUGGAAAAUUGGAUCCACACCUAGUCCUAGAUCAGCUGCGCUGUAACGGUGUCCUGGAAGGGAUCCGCAUCUGUCGCCAGGGCUUCCCCAACCGAAUAGUUUUCCAGGAAUUCAGACAGAGAUAUGAGAUCCUAACUCCAAAUGCUAUUCCUAAAGGUUUUAUGGAUGGCAAACAGGCCUGUGAACGAAUGAUCCGGGCUUUAGAAUUGGACCCAAACUUGUACAGAAUUGGACAGAGCAAGAUAUUUUUCAGAGCUGGAGUUCUGGCACACUUAGAGGAAGAGAGAGAUUUAAAAAUCACCGACAUCAUUAUCUUCUUCCAGGCCGUUUGCAGAGGUUACCUAGCCAGAAAGGCCUUUGCCAAGAAGCAGCAGCAACUAAGUGCCUUAAAGGUCUUGCAGCGGAACUGUGCCGCGUACCUGAAGUUACGGCACUGGCAGUGGUGGCGAGUCUUCACAAAGGUGAAGCCACUUCUACAAGUGACUCGGCAGGAGGAAGAACUUCAGGCCAAAGAUGAAGAGCUGUUGAAGGUGAAGGAGAAGCAGACGAAGGUGGAAGGAGAGCUGGAGGAGAUGGAGCGGAAGCACCAGCAGCUUUUAGAAGAGAAGAACAUCCUUGCAGAACAACUACAAGCAGAGACUGAGCUCUUUGCUGAAGCAGAAGAGAUGAGGGCAAGACUUGCUGCUAAAAAGCAGGAAUUAGAAGAGAUUCUACAUGACUUGGAGUCCAGGGUGGAAGAAGAAGAAGAAAGAAACCAAAUCCUCCAAAAUGAAAAGAAAAAAAUGCAAGCACAUAUUCAGGACCUGGAAGAGCAGCUGGACGAGGAGGAAGGGGCUCGGCAAAAGCUGCAGCUGGAAAAGGUGACAGCAGAGGCCAAGAUCAAGAAGAUGGAAGAGGAGAUUCUGCUUCUUGAGGACCAAAAUUCCAAGUUUAUCAAAGAAAAGAAACUCAUGGAAGAUCGUAUUGCUGAGUGUUCCUCUCAGCUGGCUGAAGAGGAAGAAAAGGCAAAAAACUUGGCCAAAAUCAGGAAUAAGCAAGAAGUGAUGAUCUCAGAUUUAGAAGAACGCUUAAAGAAGGAAGAAAAGACUCGUCAGGAACUGGAAAAGGCCAAAAGAAAACUCGACGGGGAGACGACCGACCUGCAGGACCAGAUCGCAGAGCUGCAGGCGCAGAUUGACGAGCUCAAGCUGCAGCUGGCCAAGAAGGAGGAGGAGCUGCAGGGCGCGCUGGCCAGAGGUGACGAUGAAACACUCCAUAAGAACAAUGCCCUUAAAGUUGUGCGAGAGCUACAAGCCCAAAUUGCGGAACUUCAGGAAGACUUUGAAUCUGAGAAGGCUUCACGGAACAAGGCCGAAAAGCAGAAAAGGGACUUGAGUGAGGAACUGGAAGCUCUGAAAACAGAGCUGGAGGACACGCUGGACACCACGGCAGCCCAGCAGGAACUACGUACAAAACGUGAACAAGAAGUGGCAGAGCUGAAGAAGGCUCUUGAGGAGGAAACUAAGAACCAUGAAGCUCAAAUCCAGGACAUGAGACAAAGACACGCAACAGCCCUGGAGGAGCUCUCAGAGCAGCUGGAACAGGCCAAGCGGUUCAAAGCAAAUCUAGAGAAGAACAAGCAGGGCCUGGAGACAGAUAACAAGGAACUGGCGUGUGAGGUGAAGGUCCUGCAGCAGGUCAAGGCCGAGUCUGAGCACAAGAGGAAGAAGCUCGACGCGCAGGUCCAGGAGCUCCACGCCAAGGUCUCCGAAGGCGACAGGCUCAGGGUGGAGCUGGCGGAGAAAGCAAGUAAGCUGCAGAAUGAGCUAGAUAAUGUCUCCACCCUUCUGGAAGAAGCGGAGAAGAAGGGGAUUAAAUUUGCUAAGGAUGCAGCUAGUCUUGAGUCUCAACUACAGGAUACACAGGAGCUUCUUCAGGAGGAGACACGCCAGAAACUAAACCUGAGCAGUCGAAUCCGGCAGCUGGAAGAGGAGAAGAACAGUCUUCAGGAGCAGCAGGAGGAGGAGGAGGAGGCCAGGAAGAACCUGGAGAAGCAAGUGCUGGCCCUGCAGUCCCAGUUGGCUGAUACCAAGAAGAAAGUAGAUGAUGACCUGGGAACAAUUGAAAGUCUGGAAGAAGCCAAGAAGAAGCUUCUGAAGGACGUGGAGGCCCUGAGCCAGCGCCUGGAGGAGAAGGCACUGGCAUAUGACAAACUGGAGAAGACCAAGAACCGCCUGCAGCAGGAGCUGGACGACCUCACAGUGGACCUGGACCACCAGCGCCAGGUCGCCUCCAACUUGGAGAAGAAGCAGAAGAAGUUUGACCAGCUGUUAGCAGAAGAGAAGAGCAUCUCUGCUCGCUAUGCCGAAGAGCGGGACCGGGCCGAAGCCGAGGCCAGAGAGAAAGAAACCAAAGCCCUGUCACUGGCCCGGGCCCUUGAGGAAGCCCUGGAGGCCAAGGAGGAGUUUGAGAGGCAGAACAAGCAGCUCCGAGCGGACAUGGAAGACCUCAUGAGCUCCAAAGAUGACGUGGGGAAGAACGUUCACGAACUUGAAAAAUCCAAACGGGCCCUGGAGCAGCAGGUGGAGGAAAUGAGGACGCAGCUGGAGGAGCUGGAAGACGAACUCCAGGCCACGGAAGAUGCCAAGCUUCGUCUGGAGGUCAACAUGCAGGCCAUGAAGGCGCAGUUCGAGAGAGACCUGCAAACCAGGGACGAGCAGAAUGAAGAGAAGAAGCGGCUGCUGAUCAAACAGGUGCGGGAGCUCGAGGCGGAGCUGGAGGACGAGAGGAAACAGCGGGCGCUUGCUGUGGCUUCAAAGAAAAAGAUGGAGAUAGACCUGAAGGACCUCGAAGCCCAAAUCGAGGCUGCGAACAAAGCUCGGGAUGAGGUGAUUAAGCAGCUCCGCAAGCUCCAGGCUCAGAUGAAGGAUUACCAACGUGAAUUAGAAGAAGCUCGUGCAUCCAGAGAUGAGAUUUUUGCUCAAUCCAAAGAGAGUGAAAAGAAAUUGAAGAGUCUGGAAGCAGAGAUCCUUCAAUUGCAGGAGGAACUUGCCUCGUCUGAGCGAGCCCGCCGACACGCCGAGCAGGAGCGGGACGAACUGGCGGACGAGAUCGCCAACAGCGCCUCUGGCAAGUCCGCGCUGCUGGAUGAGAAGCGGCGUCUGGAGGCUCGGAUCGCACAGCUGGAGGAGGAGCUGGAAGAGGAGCAGAGCAACAUGGAGCUGCUCAACGACCGCUUCCGCAAGACCACUCUACAGGUGGACACGCUGAACGCCGAGCUAGCAGCCGAGCGCAGCGCCGCCCAGAAGAGCGACAACGCGCGCCAGCAGCUGGAGCGGCAGAACAAGGAGCUGAAGGCCAAGCUGCAGGAGCUCGAGGGUGCGGUCAAGUCCAAGUUCAAGGCCACCAUCUCUGCCCUGGAGGCCAAGAUUGGGCAGCUCGAGGAGCAGCUUGAGCAGGAAGCCAAGGAACGAGCAGCCGCCAACAAAUUAGUCCGUCGCACUGAGAAGAAGCUGAAAGAAAUCUUCAUGCAGGUGGAGGAUGAGCGUCGACACGCGGAUCAGUAUAAAGAGCAGAUGGAGAAGGCCAACGCUCGGAUGAAGCAGCUUAAACGCCAGCUGGAGGAAGCAGAAGAAGAAGCGACGCGUGCCAACGCAUCUCGGCGUAAACUCCAGCGGGAACUGGAUGAUGCCACCGAGGCCAACGAGGGCCUGAGCCGCGAGGUCAGCACCCUGAAGAACCGGCUGAGGCGGGGCGGCCCCAUCAGCUUCUCCUCCAGCCGAUCUGGCCGGCGCCAGCUGCACAUUGAAGGAGCUUCCCUGGAGCUCUCCGACGACGACACGGAAAGUAAGACCAGUGAUGUCAAUGAGACGCAGCCACCCCAGUCAGAGUAAAGUCGCAGGAAGCCAGAGGAGGCGAUACAGUGGGACACUUAGGAACGCACCGGUGCCAGCCUGCCUUGGGGCCUCCUGCAGAUUUAGGAAAUUGGCAAGCUACGGGAUUCCUUCCUGAAAGAUCAACUGUGUCUUAAGGCUCUCCAGCCUACGCAUACUGUAUCCCGCUUCAGACUUAGGUACAAUUGCUCCCCUUUUUAUAUAUAGACACACACAGGACACACAUAUUAAACAGAUUGUUUCAUCAUUGCAUCUAUUUUCCAUAUAGUCAUCAAGAGACCAUUUUAUAAAACACGGUAAGAACCCUUUUUAAACAAACUCCAGGCCCUUGGCUGCGGGUCGCUGGGUUAUUGGGGCAGCGCCGUGGGCGUCGCUCAGUCGCUCUGCAUGCUCUCUGUCGUACAGGCAGGUCACCUAGUUCUGUGUUCACGUGGCCCCCGACUCCUCAGCCACAUCAAGUCUCCUAGACCAUUGUGGACUCUAAACUGCACUUGUCUCUCUCAUUUCUCUCAAAUAAUGAUCAACACUAUUUCAGUGAGCAAACUGUGAAAGGGGCUUUGGAAAGAGUAGGAGGGGUGGGCUGGAUUGGAAGCAACACCCAUUUGGGGUUACCAUGCCCAUCCCCCAAGGGGGGGCCCUGCCCCUCGAGUCGAUGGUGUCCCGCAUCUCCUCAUGUGAACUGUCCUUGGCCAGGGCUGGUCUGUGCAUAGAAGGGAUAGUGGCCACACUGCAGCUCUGGCCCCAGGUGGCAGCCAUGGAUCACGUAGACUUCCAGAUGGUCUCCCGAACCGCCUGGCUCAGCCGGUGCCCUCCUCACGUCAGGAGCAAGCAGCCGCGGACCCCUAAGCCGAGCUAGUGGAAGGCCCUCCCUCGCCAGCCAGGCCCUCACGCUGACCUUGCAAAUUCAGCCGCUGCUUUGAGCCCAAAAUGGGAAUAUUGGUUUUGUGUCCGAGGCUUGUUCCAAGUUUGUCAAUGAGGUUUAUGGAACCUCCAGAACAUAUGCCAUCUUCCUGAAUGUUGACAUGCCAGUGGGUGUGACUCCUUCAUUCUUCCUUCUCCCUUCCCUUUGGACAGUGUUACAGUGAACACUUAGCAUCCUGUUUUUGGUUGAUAGUUAAGCAAACUGACAUUACGGAAAGUGCCUUAGACACUACAGUACUAAGACAAUGUUGAAUAUAUCAUUCGCCUCUAUAACAAUUUAAUGUAUUCAGUUUUGACUGUGCUUCAUAUCAUGUACCUCUCUAGUCAAAGUGGUAUUACAAACAUUCAGUGACAAUGAAUCAGUGUUAAUUCUAAAUCCUUGAUCCUCUGCAAUGUGCUUGAAAACACAAACCUUUUGGGUUAAAAGCUUUAACAUCUGUUAGGAAGAAUUUGUCCUGUGGGUUUGGAAUCUUGGAUUUCCCCCUUUAUGAAUUGUACUGGCUGUUGACCACCAGACACCUGACCGCAAAUAUCUUUUCUUGUAUUCCCAUAUUUCUAGACAAUGAUUUUUGUAAGACAAUAAAUUUAUUCAUUAUAGAUAUUUGCGCCUGCUCUGUUUACUUGGAGAAAAAAGCACCCGUGGAGAAUAAAGAGACCUCAAUAAACAAGAA